GUAAUUCAGAUUUGUAUUUGUCAAAAGGUUUGUUUUUUUUUUGCAUGUGCCUUUCAUAUCCCCCACCCCCUUCCUCUCAGCCUUUACCAUUUGCUCUCUCUUUCUCUCUCUUCACCGUUCUUUGCUUCAAUACAAUAAUGAAACAGCUCCAAACUUAGCUUUCAUCUAAACAAAUACGUAUACAUAUAUAUAGUUAUACAUACAUACAUAUAUUGACAUAUGGGUUCAUUGGUUUUUGAUGGAGAAGAGCAAAAGCUGCACUUUUCUUCAUCAUACCCAGGAAAUUGAUUUGGGAUUCAGGAUAUGCCAUUGCCAACCACAGAUGAGAGCUGUGGAAAUCAAAUUCCAAGUUUUCCCCUUUUCAUCCCUAGAGCUCAAUAGUAAUCUAGAUGAACUUUUUCUGGGUUGCAUUGAAUAAUUAUAGAUUUUUUAGAAUUAAAAAUGCGAUUGUUGAUCUGGGUUUUUGAGGGAAAAAAUAAAAGACUUUGUUCUAUCGAUUAGAACUGGAGGGGGGUGUUUUAGGGGAAUUAAACACCAUUACCAUGGAGGCACCGGUAGGUGUGCAAAGCACACCCCGGAAAAAAAUGACAAAACAAUUAACGGGGAAGCGCGAUGACACGCCAUUGCACUCAGCAGCGAGGGCGGGGCAACUUGGCGUCAUAAUGGAGAUCCUAAAUGGUUCAAAUGGAGAGGAAGAAUUAGAAGAAUUGUUGUUGAAGCAAAACCAGGCUGGCGAAACCGCCCUUUUUGUGGCCGCAGAGUAUGGUUAUGUUGAAUUGGUGAGGGAGAUGAUCAAGUACUAUGAUCUUGUUGAAGCCAGCAUUAAAGCUAGGAAUGGUUUUGAUGCUUUGCACAUUGCUGCAAAACAAGGAGAUUUGGAGGUGGUGAAGGUACUAAUGGAGGCCCAUCCGGAGCUGUCAAUGACCGUUGACAUGACAAACACCACGGCUUUGCACACUGCUGCAAUGCAAGGGCAUAGGGAGGUAGUGGAUUUUUUCUUGGAGUCGGAGAGCAGCCUGGCCGCCAUAGCUAAGAGCAACGGGAAAACAGCCUUGCACUCUGCAGCAAGAAACGGGCAUGUAGAGGUUGUGAAAGCUCUUCUUAGCAAUGAACUUGGAAUUGCAACAAGGACUGAUAAAAAGGGGCAAACCGCCCUUCACAUGGCGGUGAAAGGUCAAAACCUUGAAGUGGUGGAGGAGCUGGUCAAGGCAGACCCUGAAUUGGUAAACAUGGUUGAUACUAAGGGCAACACCGCUUUGCACAUUGCAACUCGGAAAGGGAGGAAUCAGAUUGUCAAGUUGCUACUAGGCCACAGUGAAACCAACACGAAAGCUGUCAACAGGUGCAACGAAACGGCCUUGGACACUGCAGAGAAAACCGGACAAUCUGAAGUUGCAGCAAUCCUAAGAGAACACGGUGUUCUAAGCGUCCGAGCCAUCAAGCCCCAAACACCAAAUCCAGCCCGAGAAUUGAAACAAACCGUGAGCGACAUAAAGCACGAAAUCCACGACCAACUAGAACACACUCGCCAAACAAGAAAACGCGUGCAAGUAAUUGCCAAACGUGUCAACAAAAUGCACACAGAAGGCCUAAACAACGCGAUCAACUCAACAACUGUGGUCGCAGUCCUAAUUGCCACUGUGGCAUUCGCAGCCAUUUUUACCGUCCCUGGCCAAUAUGUCGAUGACCCAAAAGACAUACCUACCGGGCUUUCUCUUGGGGAAGCGAAUAUUGCUCCAACAGCAUCGUUUAUGAUCUUUUUUGUAUUCGACUCGAUUGCCCUAUUCAUUUCUCUUGCGGUUGUGGUGGUCCAAACCUCAGUUGUUGUGAUAGAGAGCAAAGCAAAAAAGCAAAUGAUGGCAAUUAUAAAUAAGUUAAUGUGGUUGGCUUGUACACUCAUUUCAGCGGCUUUCUUGGCCUUGUCAUUUGUUGUGGUUGGUGAGAAAGAAAUGUGGCUAGCAGUUGCAGUGACAAUCAUUGGAUCGACUAUAAUGGCAACUACAUUGGGUAUAAUGUGUUAUUGGGUGAUUAUGCAUCGGAUUGAGGCUUCGAAUUUGAGGAGUAUAAGAAAGAACUCGCAUAAUGGUAGGUCGAAGUCAUGGUCAAUGUCAGUGAUGUCAGAUUCAGAGGUUUUGAACAGCGAGUAUAAGAAAAUGUAUGCGAUUUAAAAGCUUCGUACACCUAAUUAACCUUCUUUCUUUUUUAAAUACAGGGGGAUGUCUUCCCUUUUUUUCCUACAUAUUUACUUUCAUGUGUAUAAUUUUAAGUAACAACAAUGAUUCAUUCCCUUUUUU